CUGGGGGCGCUCAGGACCGGGUGGGGGGGCCCAGGAUGCAGUGGGGGCCACUCUGUCGAGGUUCUGCCCUCACAGGAGGCCGAGCGUCCCCAAACAGGCCGGGCCCAGCCCCUCGCCCUGGCCACGCGGCCUAGGGCCGGACUGUGGCUUCGGAAACCCUCCCUGACCCCUGACCUCUGCCCCGAGCUGACCCCGAUCCCCCUGGGCAGCCCCUCUGGGCAGCCUUCCGCCCCGGGGCUGGGUCCUGGCUGGGCAGGGCCGGGGGCCGGGGCAGGAGACGUUUGGGCCCUCCUGCGCUCCGUAGCCCGGCUCAGGGGCAGCUGCUUCCUGGGGCCUGGGGGUUCCUGCCCGGCCUGGGCUGGGCGAGGGGCAGCCCUGCGCCACGCCAGGUUCCUGGGGACGGGCUGGGGCUGGGGCUGGGGCUGGGGCGGGCGGUGGGAGCCGGGCCCGGGCCUGGGCGGCCUGGCAGGCAGAGCAGGCUGAGCCCUGGGGGCCACAGGCCUGAGGAGCCCGGGGCGCCUGGGUGGGGGCCGGGCAGGCUGUGCCGUGGAGGCCGGAGGGGCAGCGGGGGUGCUGGGCGUGGGGGCGAACGCCCCAGGCGCCGUCUGUUUCCAGGGCGGCUCUGCGGAUAUGGACGUGUUCCAGAAGGUGGAGAAGAUCGGAGAGGGCACCUACGGGGUGGUGUACAAGGCCAAGAACAAGGAGACCGGGCAGCUCGUGGCCCUCAAGAAGAUCAGGCUGGAUCUGGAGACCGAGGGGGUCCCGAGCACCGCCAUCAGGGAGAUCUCCCUGCUCAAAGAGCUUAAGCACCCCAACAUCGUCAGGCUGCUGGACGUGGUGCACAACGAGAAGAAGCUUUACCUGGUAUUUGAGUUCCUUAGCCAGGACCUGAAGAAGUACAUGGACUCCACCCCAGGCUCCGAGCUCCCCCUGCAUUUAGUCAAGAGCUACCUCUUCCAGCUGCUGCAGGGGGUGAACUUCUGCCACUCGCAUCGGGUCAUCCACCGCGACCUGAAGCCCCAGAACCUGCUCAUCAGUGAGCUGGGGGCCAUCAAGCUGGCCGACUUUGGACUGGCUCGAGCCUUCGGGGUGCCCCUGCGCACCUACACCCACGAGGUGGUGACACUCUGGUAUCGUGCCCCCGAGAUCCUCUUGGGGAGCAGGUUCUACUCGACGGCUGUGGAUGUCUGGAGCAUUGGUUGCAUCUUUGCUGAGAUGGUGACCCGCAGAGCCCUGUUUCCUGGCGACUCUGAGAUCGACCAACUCUUUCGUAUCUUUCGGACCCUGGGGACACCCAGUGAAGCCAUGUGGCCAGGAGUCACCCAGCUGCCUGACUAUAAGGGCAGUUUCCCCAAGUGGACCAGGAAGGCGCUGGAGGAGAUCGUGCCCAACCUGGAGCCAGAGGGCCAGGACCUGCUCAUGCAACUCCUGCAGUACGACCCCAGUCGGCGCAUCUCAGCCAAGGCGGCCCUUGCCCAUCCGUACUUCUUGUCCACCGAGACCUCCCCGGCCCCCCACCAGUGUGUGCUGGAGCAUUUCUGCCGCUGAGAAGGUGUGAGGCCUCAAAGCCUCCCUCCAGCUGCUGCCCUCCUGCCUCCCCACUCACUUCCCAAGAAAGAGGAUGCAUCCAGAGAGAGAGCAGUUUGGCAUCAGCUGUCAGAGGGCUGAGUUUGGGUUAGUCCUGCCAGCAGGUUAGCGAGUUCCUGUGUUGUUUGUUGGGUUUGCCAGUGCAGUUUCAAGAUGGGGGCACAGAAGACCUGUGCCCGAGGGGGUCCGUUAGAGGCUGGGUGCCCUGGCGCCAGAACAGCAGGUGACAAGGAGAGCAGGGUGUCUGCCUAGGCCACCAGCAAGGUUUUCCCAGUGCCCUUCAGCUGCCUGGCCCUCAGUUGCAGAGCCAGACCCUGAGGGAAAGGGUUCCCCCGGGCCGGUCUUUUGGAUUUAAAAUGUUUUGGGGAAGAGUUGAGUUCCAGUUAAGGGUCCCAAGUUAAACAGGAAGCCGGGCGAGGGAGAGAGGACAUUUUCCUGAUCCCGGAGGGGGUCAGGUGUUCUAAGUAGUUGUCUGGUCACCUAGGAUAUGCUUAACGUUUGUUUGCCUCUGGCUUUAAGAACAGAAAAUAAAAGUGAUGUAUUCCUGA